UGCAAGGGGCCUGUGGCAGGGAGCAGUGGUGGAGGGUAAAGGAAGAGAUGAAUGGUGACGGGGUCCACUUCUUUACGGACAACCAGAAGGUCUUCCUGCGCCUCCGAGGGCUGGACUCUGUGGCAGGGGCUCCUGCAGCCUCCAGGAGGCCAAGGCUUGUUCAGACCAUCCUGGCAGUUAUGGCUGUGACUCUUGUCUCCUCUCUGGUGGCUCUCUUUGUUGUGGUUCUACAGAAGCCAAGACCUCCACUGGAGCCCUAUGCCUCCUUCCAGGAGUUUCCAGCCAUGAUUCCUGGAGAUGACAACACAACUGGACAGUUACCUGUGGAACCCCACAAUCCCCACCACUCUGACUGGGUGGCACGGUUGCAAGAGACUAUCCAGAUGUUUAAAAGCCAUGAAGAGAAUUCUAGCACCUGGAUCACGGAGAUCCAGAUGUUGACUUGCAGAGUGGACAGUGUCAGUUCUCAGAUCCAGGUGCUCCGUGGUCACCUGGAAAACACCAGUGCUGACAUCCAGAGGGUAAAGGAUGUUCUAGAGGACACCAGUACCUUGAGUUUCCAAACCCAGAUGUUGAGGAGCUCCGUGGAGGGGGCUGGUGCGGAUCUCCGGAAGCUGAAAGGAGAUCUGGAAAAGGCAAAUGCUUCGAAUUCCCAGACUCACAGUUUCUUAAAAAGCAGUUUAGAAAACACCAGCCUCGGGCUCCACAUGCUGAGCAGAGGCUUAGGAAAUGCCAAUGCUGAAAUUGCGAUAUUGAAAGCAGGGCUGAAAAUGGCAAAUGCCCAGGCCCAGUGGGCGAACAGCAGUCUAAAGAAUGCUAAUGCUCAGAUCCAAGUUCUGAGUGGCCAACUGGCUGGUGUCCAGGAGUUAAGGGCCCAGAGUCAGGUUUUAAGAAGCAGUUUGGAAGGAGCCAGGGCUGAACUCCAGAGGGUCAAGGGAAGCCUACAAAAUGCCAGUGCUUUAAACUCCCAGACGCAGACUCUUCUAAGAGGCAGUUUCGACAACACCAGCGCUGAGAUCCAGUUACUAAAAGGUCAUUCCAAAUGGGCUGGUGAUGAGAUUCACUUGUUAAAAAGAGAUUUGGAAACUGUUACUGCCCAGACCCAAGUAACCAGCAACAGUCUAAAGCAGACAGAUGCUCAGAUCCAGUUAUUAAAAACAGAGCUUGAAAAUGCCAGUGCCCUAGAUCCCAAGAUUGAGGUACUAGGUGUGUAUUUGAAAAAUGCCAGCAGAGAGAUACAGACCCUAAAACAAGGGAUGAAGUCUGCUGCAGCCUUAGGUUCCAAGAUCCAGAGGCUGGAGAGCAAUCUACGGAAGGCCAACGCUGAGAUCGGGCAGUUAAAAGUGGAUUUAGAGAACACCAAAACACUAACUACGAAAAUCCAGGAGGAGCAGAGUCGCCUGGAGGCAGUCCGUGUGGCUCUUGGCUCCCAGGAGCAGCUACAGAGGACCCAAAAUCAACUUCUUCAGCUGAUCCUGCAGGGCUGGCAUGUCUACGGCGGGAGCGCGUAUUACUUUUCUCACGUCAAGAAGUCUUGGCACGAGGCUGAGCAGUUCUGUGUGUCCCAGGGAGCCCACCUGGCCUCGGUGACUUCUGAGGAGGAGCAGGCAUUUCUGGUAAAGUUCACGAGUACCUCUCACCACUGGAUUGGCCUCACUGACAGCGGCAAGGAGGGCUCCUGGCGCUGGGUGGAUGGGACACCAUUCAAUGCCGCCCAGAGCAGAGAGUUUUGGGGCAGAAACCAGCCAGACAACUGGCAGUCCUGGGAUGGGCAGACUGAAGACUGUGUUCAUAUUGAGCAGAAGUGGAAUGACAUUCGCUGUGACACCCCCUAUAACUGGGUUUGUAAGAAGCCCAUCAGCCAACAUGUGGCCUGAGACAUGCCAAAUCUGAGGGGUCACCGUCGCUGCCAGCUCUGGACCCUCCCCACCUGAUGCCUGUGAACCUCUAAACCCAGCUUAUUCUCUGGGUCUUUCCAUUUGGCCUUUUGUGUUUCCUGCUCUGUCCGUCCAUUUAACCCCUGAAAUGUGUUUAUUUCAUAUAACCUGGUGGGAUCAAGGGCUCCUCAAGGCCAAAGGCUUGCUGUGCUUCUGUAUCCCCAUUAGCAACCAGCACGGGCUUGUGAGACAGCAGGUCCCCAAUAAAUACUGACCGAGUACAUGGAAGUUUUCUGCUUGUCUCUGUGAUAGCCAUCACAAUCUUCUCUCCCCGAACUGGUUCUCCUUCCUCAAUGUCCCUUCUGUCCUGAAACAAACAUAUCUUUGUUAAAGGGCUUUAUAGCUAUGAACAUUUAGUUAGUCACUGAAAAACAGCAGGGGUUUAACACAAACUACAGGGAUAUCAUACAGGGAGUACAAAUUCCCAAGAAGUGAUAGUGAUCCUAGAUAUUCCUUGCAGUUCCUUUGCUGCAGAUGGGGCGGGAGCUGGGUUUUGCCAGGCCUUUAAACCACUCCCCAGACUUCUUCCUGUCCUGUGGCUAGCCCCAUCUCAUUUCCCGACUGUUAACUUUUGAUGCCAUAUCCCUGGCUUCAGCUUCUUCUUGUGGUCCCAUCCCCUCUUCCAGGGACUGGGUUUUCUGCCAGCUCAGUUUAGAAUGAGAAUUGGCUUCUUAGCUUUUUAUCAACCUUAGAAACUCCUCUAUUGCAGGACUGAAAUCACAUUUUACUGUAUUUCUUCUAGUACUUUUAUAGUUGUUUUUUUUUUUUUAGAUUUACGUAUGUUACUGGAUUUUAUUUCCUUAUGGUUUAUUCCUUGGUAUUUUGCAUCUAUAGCAAUAUAGAUAUAUAGGGAUGGACUCAUUUUCUUUUUAUGUAUUUCUAGUCUUUGUUUUAUGGUUUUCCUAGCUUAUACAAAAAAGGGUAGGAGCCAAUAUUAAUAUGUUCCACUUUUGGGAAAUUUACUGAGAUUAUCUCUGUAGCCUAGUAGUGUCUGCUCACUUUUUAUAAGUGUUCCACAGGCAUAUUUAUUAGAUUAGGCUUGUGAUUUUCAUUUUUCAGAUGUUCUUUAUCCUCAUUUAUAUUUUGUCUACACAACUGGUCAGUUUCGUUAGGAGGAUUUGUGUUAACUCUCCCAUGUAGAACAUUUACCUACAUUUAUCAUCCUGUCAUGUCAUAUUUCUAAUAGCUUUUGAUUUAUAUAUUUCAGUGUUACUUUAAUGUCUAAAGAUUCAUAACCAUGAAGUCUACUUGAAGACUUCUACUUUUUAUCAAUAUUCAUGCAACCCAGAAUUAUUUGCUGUGCCUCUACCAUGUACCAGUCACUCUUCCAAGUUUUCAGGAGAGAAGGAAACAGGGGCUCUUGGGUGGCUCAGUAAGUUGGGC